GGUUAAGCACCUAAUCUAGGCAAUGAUUGGGAGGAGCGCAAAGGGGGGCGGGUCCUUUAUGAAAUGGAGAAGAGGGAACAGAGAGCGGGAGGCUUCAAGAAGGAGACCGUGAACAAACUGCUCCAGCUCCACUUCAAAGAUGACAAAACACGAGUCAGUGGUGAUGCUCUGUUGCUGAUGACAGAAAUGCUCAACGUGUUUGCUCGAGAGGCAGCAGCACGAGGAGCACGACAGGCUCAGACUGAGGAUCUGACCAGGGUGGAUGUGGAGCACGUGGAAAAAGUGCUGCCGCAGCUGCUUUUGGACUUCUAGAAAGCUGAUAAUGCGAAGACCACAUUCCUGGUUGCCAUGAAGAUCAUGGCCUGACUCCUGGAUCAAAGUGGACAACAGGCUUUUCCAUGGAAUCUGUCCCCAACUGACUCUGCCUGCUAGGAUGAUACUCUUGUUAUUCCUCUCCUUCCUGGAUGGAUGGAUGGAUGGAUAUCCCUGGAUGGGAUAUUUCCCAUCUCUCUUCCUGGAUGCCAAAUGCUGGCUGUAAGGGCUGGAAUCUCCCCCCCCACCUUGUGGCACAACUGGUGUAGAUGGUGCCUAGCCAUCUGAGGCUGUGUCCUAACCUGCUGUUUCCGAUUCACAGCUAGGCAGUCUACACUUUCUUUUCCAAUGGGAGAAACAGGUGCUUUCUGUAGUGGUGUGUGGAAAGAGUGAGUAUGCCUGGAAGCCUUCCCCACACCAUGGGCUCUCAUCACCUCAGCAGGCAUUUAAAGGCUAGCUCCAGGCCUGUCUGCUGUCUGAGUUCUUAAACAGGAGCCCAGCCCUGGGUCUGUGCCAACAGUAGGUACCUGAUCUUUAUUUUAUAAAUAAACAGUGCUUGUCCCUCAAUCCUUUCCAGCAUUCCACUGGGGCCAUGACAUCAAAGAGUGCUUAGAACCUUUUAACCAUUUGAUAUUCCUCUCAGAAGCUGCUUCCCUCUGCUAUAAAUUUGUUCUCACAAAGAAACUUCAAUAAAUCAAAAAUACUCUCCCUCCCUUA